AUGGAGCGUGAGCUGGAGGCGCUGGCCGCCCGGCCCGAGAGCCCGGGCGAGCCGCCCUUCCAGGCGCUGGUGGAGGCGGCGGGCGGCCGCGGGCAGGUGCUGCUGGUGGGCGAGCUGUGGGAGCGCGACCAGAGCCGCGCGCUGCUGUGGGACUUCGCCCAAGCGGUGUUUCCGCCCCAGCAAGCCGCGGGCAAGCCGGGCGGCGGGGCCGCCGAGGGCGCGGGGCCCGGGGCGCCGAGGGCACCGAAAAGGCACGCGACCGGGGCGCGCGCCAUCCGCUCGCCGCUCGUCUUCGUGCUGUGCCGCGCGUCGUCGCUGGCCGCCCGGGGCCCGCGGCGCCACCUGCGGGAGAUGCUGCGGGAUGUGCGAGGCCGGCGGCGGGCCGGCGCGGCGCUGGUCGGGGUGCUGGUGGCCGAGGCGGAGCCGGAGGACGCGGCGGCCCCGGAGCUGCGGCUGCUGGAGGCGCUGCUGCGCAGGGUGUUCGGCCGCCAGGCGGGAGGCCCAGUGCAGGCGGCCGCCUACCGCCCUGGCCACCCGGCUUCCAGCCUGGCGGUUCAGGCGGCCGCCUGCAGGGCCCUGCAAGCCGCCGGGCCCUGGCAACCAGCAGAAGGAGCCUGGGACAGACCAGGCCUUCCAGCACUGCUGGCGUGCUUUUCCUGGGGUCCCUGGAGCCGGGGGAAGGACCCAGAUACCAGCUCCCGCAGUGGUCCAGCUCACGGUGACCUCCAGGACUCUGAGGAGGAGCUGGUACUGACGGCCGUAUAUCCCAACGGAGAUUGCGAGGAUCCUGGAAAGGGGUCAAAACCCUGUGACAGAAUUGCCUCUGCUCCCACUGAGCCCGCCAGAGACUUGAGAUGAAGGCUGGACCCCUGGCUGCCCCAGCUCUAACCUGCAGUCUUGGAGCUGGCUCUUCUCACUGAGUCCCCCCUGCCUCCAUGUGGACCUUGGGAUGCUGGUAACUACAAGGCCCCACCUGCCGGGGGCUGUUGCAUUGACAUGUUACCAGCCAGGCAGUGAGACUUACGAAGCUAAGUAGGACCUAGGAAAAUGUAUCCUCUGGGAACCUGCCCCCCACCUUGCAU